GGUGGUAUGCGUGUUGGGAUGUGGUUUUGGUGGUAUGUGUGCUGGGAUGUGGUCUUGAUGGUAUGUAUUGGGAUGUAGUUUUGGUGGUAUGUGUUAGGGUGUAGUUUUGGUUAUUUGUGUGUUGGGAUGUAGUUUUGGUGGUAUAUUUUCGGUGAUGUGAUUUUGGUGGCAGGCACAGGCACACACACACACACACACAUGCACGCUGUCACACAGACUCACUCAUUCAUUCACAAGCAAACAUAUACAGAAAUCACAGAUGCCAUUACCAUGAGAAAGGACUACAGAGACAAAAACCAGGUGAUGAGAGGUCAAUUUGAUUACGUAACCUUGAGUGUCACAUUUCAACCGUGAAAAAAAACAAAGAACUACAGAUAUGGUCAUAACACAAGUUCUACUAAAGUGUAGUUGGUCAAUAUAAAAUUUCUUUGGUUUGCAAAAAAUGACUGUCACAAUAAUUAUGCUGAUUGAACAAAUCAUUUUCCAAGCUGGCACACAAUUCACCUGAGAAAACACUGACCCCUGCCCCUGGCCUGCCACUGGGUGGCACUGUGGCACCCAUUGGGCAGGACUUUAAAGUCCGUGAAGGCUCCACAUGAGCAGCCAGCGAUAAUGCAGACGAGUUUCCUCACAUAUGUUUACAGCAAAGUGACUCAGCUCAACUUGUUGAUGCCCAGCCCCACCCCCUGCAGUGAUGUCAUAGACACAGGGCAAUAAAGGGCGGGCUCCUGCCGACUGCAGGCUCAUCCAGGGUCAGAACACCGGACUCCACACACGGACACACACUUUUACACCUGCACAGGUCACCUGUCGGAGUUCCGGAUGCUGGCGAAGGUGGGGAUGGGUCUGCUGGUGGCCGUGCUGAUGGUGCACCUGGUGACGGAGAGCCAGGGGGCGCUGACAAAAGCCAGCACCCCCACCACCGCCGCCACCACCACCACCGCCACCGGCAACAACAACCACAACAACAACAACGGGACCGGCAACAGCACCGGCGGGGCCCCGCACCCCACCAUGUUGGCCCGUCCCACCUCCACCGCCCCCCGGUGCCCUGGGUGGUCCACCGGAGCCACCCUGGCCCUGGCCCUGAGCGCCGUCCUGCUGUAG